AUGGUUUUAUUUUUUUCUUUAGAAGAAAAAGAUAAUAAUCAAGAAUAUAUUUAUAUUGAAUUAGAUACAAAAUGCAGCUGUUUACAAUUAAAUCCUGAUGUAUCAAUUCAAUUUUCUCGUCGCUAUCUUCAAUGUCAAAGUUCAAUGCCUAUUUCUAUUCUUCGAUCAUUUAUUCAACAAAUUCUACCACAUUCUUCUAUGACACAAGUUUCAUUUUAUGAUUUAAAUAAUCAUUUAUUAAAAGAUUCAGAUUUAGUUAGUUCAUUAAAAACAACAACAUCAUUACAUAUUCCUAUACGUUUUACAUUAUUUAAUAAAAUAACAUCAUUUGGUCAUUGUUUAUGUUCAGCAUCAAUAGAAGAUAAAAAAAAUGAAUCAUUUUCAUUUAAUUCAAAUAUAAUUAAAUAUGAAACAAUUGAUAAAAUUCUUUCAACAUGUUCAAUGAUUUCAACAAGAUCUACUAUUUCACCUUGUUUAUCAUCAUCUUCGAAUGACUUAUCAAAUUCUAUAUCAUCAAUAGUUAAUCUUUUAACUCCACCAUCAUCUAAUUCAUCAUUUUUAAUUGAAAAUAUUGUUGAUACAAAUAAUAUAAAUAAUCAAACAAUAAUUGAUGAAAUAACAUCAAAAUUUGGUGAAAUUUGUCCUCCAUUACGAAAAAAAGGACGAAAUCGUUUAUCAAAAAAA